AAUGGCAAAAAAACGGGCACACUACACCAUUUUGACUCUUGGCGCAUUGAAUUUUGUUUGUUUUUAUUUAUUGUUUAUUGCUUGGCAAAAGCAGGCUUCCACCCAUGAAUAUCAACGAUGGCGACUUCAAGGACCUUCGCUCCAAGCUGGAUAUCAUGGGCUUCACGCAGACACUGCCCGUUCUGGCGAUUCCCCUGGUCCAGGCCAUUUUCGGGGACUUGAUAAAAACGACGGAAUGCUUGAGGGACACAAAAAAGAAAGUUGCCGACUUGCUGGAGGAGAGGACCUGUUGGGAGCUGGGUGUGGAGCCAUACAAGUGCGACAAUUCACGCCUCCUGGCCGAGUGCAAUGAACUCCAUUUGCAGUUCCUUCGCGAAAGGGAGGACUACGAGCUGCGUCAGUGCGAAUCUGAUCGUAAAAUCCGCGAUCUGCAAACCGACAAGGAGCACCUACAGACCCAUAAUGCCGGCCUACAAAACCAACUCGAUGCCUUGCUGAGCAAACAAUUGAUUUCAGCCUCCAAUGCUAAGCGAUUGCGAGGAGGAGCUAGUGCUCCAGCCAAAAAACCAUUUAUAAGCACCGUGCGUGCCGGAAAUGCUCCACCAAUAGUGUUCGGUCCUUCAGCACUCAAAUGCACGAAAUGCAAUGCGGGGGUGUUCCAGAAGACCACCACAACCACCAAAGAUGGCGUGACAGUGACACAAACCAGUGGCCAAGAGGAGCUGGACAAGCUGCAGAACGAACUGACCACCGCCGGAGAGCAACUGGAGUUCUACAAGCGGAAAGUGGAGGCCAGAAACCGGGAGAUCAGGCGCCUGAAUGACAUGCUCAUGGGUGGACGACCGCCCGCAGCUUUGGCCAAGGACUGCUGCUACAAGGAGGUCGGCAACCUCUCGCAGGACAUCGAUCUGCUGCAGCGCGAGAAGAACGAGCUGAUGGCGCAACUGCUAGAGUUCCAAGACAAGAUGCACGACGCCAUGCAGCGGGCUGUGGAGACCCAGGAGGAUAACAAGAAACUCCAGAUGCAGUUGGAUGAGCUGAAGGAGGCGGCUCUCCAAGUAGAAGAGCUGGCCAACUCGGAGAUCGACGCCAAGGAGCUGGAGAUCAAGCAGAUGCAGUCUGAAAUAAAGCUGUUGCAAAAAUCGAAAGAGUACCGACUACAGGGAGGAUUCUGCGGCACGCAAAGCGAUAAUCGGAACAUGAACGAGCGCCUGAACGUCUUGACACGCCGGGAGGAGGAGCUGGAGUCCACCAACGAGAAGCACAAGAAGAAACUGGCCCAGAUGCAGGCGAAGAUUGUGGAACUGCAGAAGGAAUUGAAGGAUCAGAACCAGCACGGCACUCUGGAUGAGGAGAAAAUACGCCUCACGUCGGAGAGAGACUUCUUCCAGAAGGAGUACCUGCGCUUGAUGGGCAAGUGUGGCUCCGAAACCGAGAUAGCCUUCCUCCACGCCCAGAUCAAGUCCAAAGACGAGGAACUCAAAGCCCUUCGCACAGAACUGUUUCCGGUCGGAAAAUCGCCCUUUUCGCCCCAGAAGAGUGUGCAGUACGAGACACUUCCUCCGGGCACGGCCUCUUCUGGUAGCACCUCGGCCAGUAACCACAGCGACUGCGUGCAGGCCACCAUUGGACGGUUGGAGCGGGAACGGGAUUGCGUCAGAUCGGAGCUGGAGAGAGUGCGCUGCGAGCGAGACACCUUGAGGGAGAAGCAACUCAGCAAUGUCCAGCUACAUGCCGAGGAGCUGCAGACCAUGCGCCUGCGCAACGAGGAGCUCGACGAUCGUUUGAGGCAACUGGAGCGGGAGAAGCGGGAACUGAACUCAGCUCGGGUGCCGGUGGAAACGAAUCUGGUUCUGCUCAAGGAGGACCUUGUCCAGAUGAGGAAGCGUAUAGCUCCCCUGGAGGCGGAAAUCGAAAGGCUCAAGACCGAAAAUGGUCAGAUAAGUUUGCUUAAUGAGCAAAACGAGCGCAUCAUAACCGACUAUCAGGCCAAGCUAAUGGUUGCGGAACGACAGAGACACUCGGCGGAUGUCCGGGCGAGCUCCUUGGACACCAGUCGCGAAUCCAACCGCAAUGAGGUCACCCAGCUCCGCACCGAAAUCGGAGCUCUGCGGCAGACCUACAUAAGCUUGGAGCACGAAAAGGACACCUUAUUGAACCAAUUGGACAACAAAACGGAAAGGGUCUAUAAGCUGGAGUACGAGCUAAAGGAUUGCAAGGAAAAGCGUAACUCCUUGGAGCAAAAUGUAAAGGAUUUAGAGGACCAAGUAAGAAAACUGGCCAACAGGAACCGGCAACGCGACUCAGAACUGACGGAGACCUCAACGGAAAGUAAAACGCUGCGGCAACAGAUUGUGGCACUCAAAGCCAGCCGCGAUGAGGCAAUAGCAGAGAACGGACGACUGAUGGACAAGAUGAGCGAUGCCCAGGCGGAGGUUAAAACGCUGAUGAAGAAACUGAAGGACUCGGAGCAGCAGGUGGCCAACAUGCGCCAGCAGCUGCAAAAGUACGUCCAGGAGGUGAAGAAGGCCGAGGACCUGCUCACCCAAAAGGUGUCAUCUAAAUUCAAGGAAAGGGAACGCGACGAGCUCCUGGAUCACUAUCACUGCCUUAGCCAGGACCAAGUGGCGCUCGAAGGAAACAAUCAGAGUCUCGAGUGCGAGGCAGCAGAGUUCAAACGGCAGAUCUGCGAUCUAGAAAGCGAGAUCCAUUGCCUGAAGAAUCAACUGCACACCAAGCAAUGUGUUCUGGAGGAGAUGGACCAGCAGCUGACCACCGCCAGGGCCACCAUUCGUUGUCUGGAGCGAGAUCUGGAGAAGGCCCAGGGUGAUGCCCUGGUCCUGAAGGUGGAUCUCGAGGCGCGCAAAGAGCUCUGCGACAAGCUGGACGCGGAAAAAGUGAAGCUCAAUGCGGAGCUAAACGAAGUCAACGACAUGCGGAAGAAGCUGGAAAAACAGUGCGAAAGGUUGAAGGAUGAACUCCAGCAGGCAAGUGCCAUGAAACAGGUCACCACCGACACCGCUGACCAAAUGCUGGAGCGUUUGCACAACGACCAGCAGCGGCAGGACGAUGCGGACAUCAGAGCUAAGAACCACAUGGAGCGGCUGGAGAGGCAAUACCAACAGGCUUUGAAAGAUCUGCAGGAGGAACGAGAACGCUGUAGCCACCAGGAGCGUCUGGCCACCGAGUACGAGCAGCAGGUGCGGGAGCUGCGAUCCAAUCUCAACGAGGAUCGCUUCACCAGGGCUAGAAGUCGCGAGCACAGCCCUCGAGUGCCAUCGAAGACACUGUAGAGAUGUCCUGGAACAUUCCACUUCUAUCAUUUUUAGUUGUUGUGUAACUCAAAUUUAAUAAAUGUACAAAAUAUAUAAAUUAA